AUGAGCGCCGGUGGGGAGGCGGCAGGACCGUUCCCCCGCGGCGGGCCGCGCUCGGCGGGGAGCAGCCCCGUGCCCAGCCCCGGGUCCCCCGUGCCCGAGGAGCCACUGCAGAAACGACAGAGAACCGUGGAGGAUUUCAACCAGUUCUGCACCUUCGUUUUGGCCUACGCUGGCUACAUCCCCUACCCUGAAGAGAAUGAGCCCUGGACCCACGGAGGCAGCAUGAGUCCUCAGAACAGCACGGGGAGCACUCAGGACAGCGAUAGCUGGGCCUCGUCCCACUCCUCCGACUGCCACAUCCUGACGGACGACGGGAGGAGCAGGAACGCCGUGGCCAGGGGGACUGUGGACAACAGCCUGCUCGUGAGCUGCCCUGCCUUCCCCACCAGCUUCUAUGAUGUCCGGCCCCAGCAAACCAAACGGAAGAAACCACCAGCAAAGAAACUCAUUUUGGAGCAGGAGGUGGAGAAGAGGGUGCCGCUGAGUGCUGGGAAGAGCUUUGGGGCAGAGCGGGAUGGGGUGAAGGAGCUGGCUGUGCUGGAGGAACAGCUGCCGCCCGUGAAAGAGCAGCUCUUGGAGCCUUCCCUCAACCCGGCUGGGGACCCUCAGCCCAACUCCCUCCUGGAGGAGCUGAUGAAGGAGGAGAAGGACUGGAUGCACGGAGAGCAGGGUACCGAGAAGCCAGCAGGAGAUGAUCCUCAGCUAAAGGAGCACGACCCCUGCUCUGGAGGGAGGAAAAACGCCAGUUCUUGCAGUACUUUGGACCAAAGUGAAGGAGAAGAUGCGAGCAGAGGGAGCUCCCAGCUUAGUGCAGUCGAAUUCGCAGCAGCUCCCAACACCAAAGCAGAAGACGACGAUGCCUGGGAUUUGAUCACUUGCUUCUGCCUGAAGCCCUUUGCAGGGAGGCCCAUGAUCGAAUGUAACGAAUGUGCUACCUGGAUCCACCUCUCUUGUGCCAAGAUCCGCAAAUCCAACGUGCCUGAGGUUUUCAUCUGCCAGCGAUGCCGUGAUGCCAAGCAGGAGAUUCGCCGCUCGAACCGAGCUCGGACGGUGCCCCGCAAGCGCUUCUGUGACUGAAGCUCCUCCAGAGCAGGGAGGCCGGGGGUCCCCUUUUUAAACUGAAGACUGUAGCCCGGUUUGGCUAGACAAUCAAUGCACAGUAAUGGCAGGGGAGGGGCUGGGCCAUGGGGCUGGACUGUCCCCCUUGCACUUCUGACUCCUGGAAGCUGCCACGUGUGUCCUCCCUGAGGAUCGCGUUGGCCACGGAGCUCGGUUACCCCAGAGGCGUG